CAGUGAUUGAUUGACUGCACGUUGGGCAACAAUGAAGACGGAUUUUAAGUUUUCCAACCUGCUCGGUACGGUCUAUCGCAAAGGAAAUCUUCUUUUUACCCCCGAUGGCACCUGUUUGCUUUCCCCGGUAGGGAACCGGGUCACAGUUUUCGACCUUGUCCAAAAUACAUCAUAUACUCUUCCCUUUGCGCACCGCACGAAUAUCGACCGUUUAGAUCUGUCGCCUCAGGGCAAUCUCCUGCUCACCGUUGAUGAAAAUGGCCGCGCAAUCUUGACGAACUUUAAGCGUAGAAUUGUCAUCCACCACUUCUCUUUCAAGGGCCGGGUCUCCUCGCUCAAGUUCUCCCCGUCCGGCCGAUUCUUCGCUGUAGGAGUGGGGCGACGACUGCAGUUCUGGAACACGCCCUCAACGCCGGGUACAGAUAAUAAUGGGGAGAUCGAGUUCGCACCUUUUGUCCUGCACCGAGACCUUGCUGGCCACUUUGACAUCAUUGAACAUCUGGAAUGGUCUUACGAUUCGCGUUUCAUCCUCACUGCUUCCAAGGAUCUAACAGCACGCGUAUGGAGCGUGGAUCCAGAGGAGGGAUUUGAACCCACCACAUUGGCGGGGCACCGGCAAGGUGUGAAAGCGGCAUUCUUUUCUGCUGAUCAGGAAUCUAUCUAUACCGUCAGUCAAGACGGAGCUUUGUUCCGAUGGGAAUAUGUGACCAAGAAAGACCCUGAUACAAUGGAGGAUGUUGCCGAGGCUCGCUGGAGGAUUGUAAAGAAGGACUUUUUUAUGCAGAAUGAUGCUAAGGUCAAUUGCGCGGCAUUCCAUGCCUCCACGAACCUUUUAGUGGUGGGAUUCUCGAAUGGUCUUUUUGGACUUUAUGACUUGCCAGAGUUCAACAUGAUUCAUCUUUUGAGUGUUUCUCAGAGCAAUAUUGACUAUGUGACGGUGAAUAAAACUGGCGAGUGGCUAGCAUUUGGCUCCUCGAAGCAUGGCCAACUGCUAGUGUGGGAAUGGCAAUCGGAAUCGUACAUCUUGAAACAACAGGGCCAUCUGGACUCGAUGAACACCUUGGUUUAUUCUCCCGAUGGCCAGAAGAUUGUUACUACCUCCGAUGAUGGAAAGGUCAAAGUCUGGGACGUCAAGUCUGGCUUCUGUCUCGUGACAUUUACAGAGCACAGCAGCGGAGUUACUGCUUGCCAGUUCGCCAAGAAAGGAAGCGUUCUGUUCACAGCUUCGUUAGAUGGCUCGGUGAGAGCGUGGGACCUCAUUCGUUAUCGCAACUUCCGAACAUUCACCGCGCCGUCUCGAUUGUCAUUUUCUUCGCUUGCUGUCGACCCAAGUGGCGAAGUGGUCUGCGCUGGAUCCCCAGAUUCUUUCGACAUCCACGUGUGGUCCGUACAGACAGGACAGUUACUCGAUCAACUAACCGGUCACGAAGGCCCUGUUUCUGCUCUUGCUUUUGCGGCAGAUGGCAACCAUCUUGUCAGUGGUAGUUGGGAUCGUACUGUUCGCAUCUGGAGUAUUUUCGGCCGAACUCAGACCAGCGAGCCAUUACAACUUGUGUCUGAUGUCCUUAGCGUUGCUUUCAGGCCGGAUGGCAAACAAGUUGCUGCAUCAUCGCUGGAUGGCCAAUUGACAUUCUGGUCUGUCGAAGAUGCAGUGCAAGAGAGUGGGAUUGAUGGUCGUCGUGACGUCUCAGGAGGCCGCAAGCUAACUGAUCGUCAAACCGCUGCGAACGCCGCAGGAACUAAGUUCUUUAACUGUAUUACCUACAGUGCUGAUGGAAGCUGCAUUCUAGCUGGAGGAAACAGCAAGUAUAUUUGCCUGUACGAUGUGAGGACGGGCUCGUUAGUGAAAAAGUACACAGUUUCUGUCAACACCUCGCUUGAUGGCACCCAGGAAAUCUUGAACAGUCGUGAUUUAACAGAAGCUGGUGCCCGAGGUCUGAUUGAUGAGACAGGCGAGGCGUCGGAUCUCGAAGACCGAAUUGAUCGCGCCCUUCCUGGCGCAAAGCGCGGUGAUGCCGGAGCUCGCACUACUCGACCGGAAGUACGUGUCAUGUCCGUCAAUUUUUCGCCAACCGGCCGUGCUUUUUGCGCAGCAUCCACGGAAGGUCUUCUUAUCUAUAGUCUGGAUACAGAAUUUGUUUUCGAUCCGUUCGACCUGGACAUUUCAAUCACUCCAUCCACCAUCAUGGAGACAUUGCAGAAUGCCAAACAGGCCUAUACAUCAGGCACGGUCGAUAGCGAUGACACUUUCCUGAAGGCAUUAGUCAUGGCGUUCCGUUUGAACGAAUCGAAACUUAUCCGUGUAGUUCAUGAAGGAGUCCCGCCGUCCGAAAUUUCCCAUGUAGUGCGGGCUUUGCCAACAGUCUACCUCCCUCGUCUACUUCGCUACGUAGCUCAUGCUACUGAGGAAACCCCGCAUCUGGAGUUCAACCUGCUGUGGAUUGAAGCUCUUUUGAGCAGCCAUGGGCGGUAUUUCAAAGAAAACUCCGGUACUUUUGCGCCAGAACUUCGUGCCGUCCAACGUGCCAUUGACGAUAUCCGGGAGAAUUUGAAGAGGAUGACCGAGAAGAACUUGUACGAUCUCAAUUAUCUACUUUCGAAACCCGUACUUGCGGGCAAAAAGGCCAGUAACACCCUAACCUUGGCGGCUAUGGAAAACAAUGAUAUGACAGCAAAUGAUGAUGAGAACAUGGGUGACGCUGUAAAUGGGGAAGAGGAAUGGAUCGGACUUGAAUGAUUGCGAGUCAUCUUCCUCUAGUUACGUGUUCUGCUUCUCGUCCAACAUUCUCUAUCCUUCGCAUUUGCGUCUGGCGUUUGAUACUGGUAUACCUGGAAGAUAAAAAGGGGCAGCAAAAGUUUGGGGUACUGCUUGUAAUUGGAUAGCACGAUGUACAUACCUCUAGACACGUCUUUAUAUGAAUAAUUGAAAUCAUGCAAGACACCAAA